AUGCAAAACCGUCGGAGUAAAGUCUCUGGAAAGCCACCCCUGCGACUUCCUAUCAUCGCCCCCAAGGAAGACUUAUUUGCAGAUGCCUUUAACAAGGCUGAGAAGAGUCUGAUCGCGCCACCGCGGAUCCGCCUGCCUCCGCGAUCUCGAACGGGUUGCUGUCCGUUAAUCUUGGAAUUGUUGGUUUGCAGAGUCGAAAGGUCAAAUGUGAUGAAGGACACCCGCAAUCAAUGUACUCGUCUGGGCCAUACUUGCGAUUAUCGCCCUCGAUUGGCCUUUCGCGAUGAUACCCCUCGUAUCAUGGGCCGAAUGGCCGAUGUGAAGACCGACGGUCAUGUGGUUUGGGAUCUCACCUCCCCCAAUUCUAUGGAUGAGAGGACCGAGUAUUUCUCUCUAGGGGACUCUCUGCCUCCCUUUUCGCGCCUCACUUCAGACGAAGAACGGGAAAAGAAAGCAGAAGCCUUUAGUCCUGGCACGUACCAUGUGGUGAUGACACCUGACAGUUUCUCGUCGCUGCCAGAGAGCUCUGUGGCCAACAGCCCGACCAGUGCUGCCAAGAGUGAAUGCAGUGGGCGCAGCGACGAUCCCAAUGUGGUGAUCUUGAAGACUUUUGAAGAUGUCACUCGGCGUUCGCCCAAUGGCAAAAUGUCCAGAAUCUCCCCGACUUCGGAGAUCUCAGAUCCAUUCUGUGCUUUAUCGCUAUCCCCGAUCAUGCCUUCCCUCCCUUCGCCAUCGGUGAAGCUGGAGAAUAUGACCUACUUGAACCUUGACCAACAAAGUCAAGAUUCGACCCUCUUCUCCCAUUUCCGCCAUGUCGUAUGGAGGCAACUGUUUCCCCACGACCACAGACUUGAUGACUCGUACGGAUCUGACAGUCAUUUCAUGACCCUCAGUGUGGAUUUCCUCGAGCAGGAAGCCACCCAUUUCCCUCCUCUCUCCCACGCUAUGAUGGCUAUUUCAGCCCUUAGUCUCUCCCACAGCGGCACAGGUCACAAUGUCGAUGCGCUACAGUACUACCAACAAGCUUUCCCAUCGCUUCAAGUCAGCCUACGGAACAACGACGACCUAGUUUCUGAUGGGCUCUUCCUAACCCAUUUCUUACUACUCAUCUACGAGAUCGCGGCUGCUGAGCCUCACGGUUCAAAUCUAUGGUCCCAUCACAUCUCACGUCUCCUCCACAUUGCCUUCCUCCGUCGCUCAAAGUACGGCCAGGAACCAUAUCCCUUCAUCCUAUGGUGGGUAUGCCACAUUGACCUCUACGCCCUGCUUAGUGGAGCAGGAACUGGAGAGUUUGUACGCGCGGUCAUCGACCAUCAGAUGCUCCCUGGGUCCGAUUCCCUUCUCUACCCUACAGCCCCAGAGGGUUACAGUGUGAUCUACUCUGAUGAGCAUGAUAGCUUGCCGGUCAUCAUGCGCCUUUACCAUGAUACCUUCCGGUUGGCCGCUCAACUUGGAUUCUUGGCCACGCAACUUCGCCACGACAAACAAAACCUACCGUUCGCCGAGUUUGACCAGCGAGCCCAAGAGAUUGCCGAUCUACGCCAGGCCUUUGGGAGAUUGUGGGAGGCACCCGACGUUGCCUUUUUGCACCAGCACCAAGACAAUCUCCCACGACGGUCUCGGGAGAUUCUGCAGCAGUCGGCAACACUUUAUCAUGCUUCUCAGCUGUUCUCCUACAGCAGCAUGUGGCCCGGGCAACGGGUUGAAUCGGAAUUCUCAGCAGAUGGGGAUAUUGAUCACCAUGCGACAGAAAUUUUGCGCCUCGCUGAGAAGACUACACACACUCGGCGAGCCGACCGUCACUUCCUGGUUUUCCCCUUGUUCUUGGCGGGUGCUACCGCAUCUGCCAGUGGUCUCAAGAUGAUGGCGAUGGAGUUGAUGACGAGUAUGGAGGAUGAGGAAGAUGGCAUGGGACGCAAUGCGGCAACCACCCGUGCCAUUCUUCAGAUCGUGUAUGAGCGACAGUUGGAGCGACUCAUGCGCGUGGGUCACACAUUUGAUGUGGAUUGGUCCGACUUAAUGACCCAGGAAGGGCUUCAGAUGGUGAAUUUCGGAUUUUGA